CACAUCACUUCAACUUAGGUCAAGACUCUAUAAUUUCGAUGACCAGCGAAAGGCCAAAAACAAACCAUGUAGGAACCCGACCACCUAAUACCGGAAAGCGCAUAACCGUUCUUAGCAUAGACGGUGGAGGCAUCAGAGGUGUCAUUCCUGGUGUCAUUCUUGAGUACCUUGAGUCACAGCUUCAGGAGUUAGAUGGCGAGGAAGCGAGGCUAGCAGAUUAUUUCGAUGUGAUUGCAGGAACAAGCACCGGUGGUCUAGUGACAGCAAUGCUAACGGCUCCGGACAAAAAUGACAGACCUUUGUAUGCUGCAAAAGACAUCGUUCCAUUUUAUCUUGAAAACACUCCCAAAAUUUUCCCACAAAGAAGGGGGCCAUUUGCUUGGAUUAUAGGGCUGUUCAAGGCGCUGCUAGGCCCAAAGUACAACGGGAAGUACCUUCAAAACCUAGUGAAGAGCUUACUAGGAACAACAAAGUUGAAUCAGACGUUGACCAACGUUGUCAUCCCUACUUUUGACAUACAGAAAAUGCAACCUGUGAUCUUUAGCUCAUUUCAGACCUUGGUUGCUAUGGGGGAAGUAACAAGGCAAGUAAUGAAAAAAGAUCCUAAAUUCUUCCCAAUCGAACCUUUAGAUUAUGGGAGAUAUCUUGUUAUAUCAUUGGGGACAGGCAAGGAGAAGAUAAUACCACCCCGAUUUAAUGCAAAAAUGGCUGCGAAAUGGGGAGUACUUGGGUGGUUAGCAAGUAAAGGAGCCCCGUUGAUUGAAGCUUUUACUGAAGCGAGUGCCGAUUUGGUUGGUUUUCAUAACAAUGUCGUCUUUGAAGCUCUACAUUCUCUCAAUUGUUAUAUUCGCAUUCAGGAUGACACAUUGACUGGAGACUUGGCUUCAGUGGAUGUUGCAACAAUGAAGAAUUUGGACGAGCUGGUGAAAGUUGGUGAACGGUUACUUGACAGUCUAGUCUCUCGUGUGAAUUCUGAUACCGGAGACGUUGAACCGGUCCCGAAUGGUGGUUCAAACCGUGAAGCACUGAAGAGGUUUGCAAAAGAACUAUCAGAUGAACGGAAACUAAGGGAGUCAAAUUGUAAGAGUGCUUAAGUGAACUCUCAAUUGCAUUGGUUUGUAACGUGUGUUCAUAUCUAUUAGGGCAGAUUACAAGAAACUUAAUAAAUUUUACAAUAAGUUGUUAUUGUGAAUAGUGAAUUUACUUACGUAAGUUACGUGUUUUAAUGUAAAAGACUUUUGUUAUCGUUUCAUGUGAUUGUUUAAAUCUCUUUAUAACAACUAGUGGGAAUUUAUGUUUGA